AUGACUGAUCAGAGAACUCUCAAGAUACAAUCGCGGGAGCCCUCAGGGUGGCGCGCGGCGGAGAGGCGACGCGGGUGGCGCUGCAGAGGGUACAGUGGGGGGCGGGGAAGAGGGGGGCGUUCUUGUGCAAUUAGCCUCCCCGGGGCGCAGACCACGGUGUCCCCUUCUCUCCAGCUGGGGGUCUCGGGUCCUGGAGCUGAGAGGCCGCACCUCGCCUCGCUGCCCGGGCGUUGCGCCCCUGGGCCCCAGGGUGACGCGGCGGGGGCGGCCCUUGCGACCUGCGGCGGCGUCGGGAAAGCCCUGUCUCUGCGGCGGGUCCCCGGGGUCGGGCCCUGGAAGGGUCCCUGGGGAUACUCCGCGCUGAGAAGGAUCUGUGGUUUCUCCUCCCCCUCACGUCUCCCUUUCCUCCCCUCUUCCCGGGGACCUCGAAGGUGGGGGGGAGGUGGGAAGGGAGGCGGGCAUGCAGACCUUGCAGGCUCGGGAGCCGGAGCUCCGGAGCUGGGGGAGUCGGAAGCGCUUGGACGCGAGGGAAGGGGCCGGGAGCGAGGGGGACGGCGCUGGGGAGGGCUAGGGUGCUGGGAAGGCGACAGUCCCUUCCCCUAUGAGUGGCGCGGGGUACCUCUUCCCCGGGGAACCCCCACCCAACCGUUCCCAACCUUGAGAACAAAGGGUCUGGGAAGCACGGUCGGGGUCUGGGAGCGGAGGUGGAGGGAGGCAGGAAGGCAGGAGGUGGGGGCAGGGGAGUGCGCCUCCCCGCGUUUCCUCUCGCGGCCGAAUGAUGGAAAGCUCCCUCCUGCAAACGCCUCACUGAGGCCGCUUCUAAAUCCGGGAGGGCUCGGGUUCCUUACCUAACGGCUGCACUCCGCUCCCUUCCUCCCACAGCGUCCCCACCCCCUCCGGGGAUAGGGGCCCGGGAGCUGCCAGGCCCGCUGCAAGCGGUGACGCUGGAGAAACCACGGGGCAUCAGCGCCCCCUGCAGCUGCUGGGCGCCUCCGCAGCCGCGGCGCAGACCCGACUCUUAA